GAUGACCUGAGCCCAGGAGUUCAGGGCUGCAGUGAGCUGUGAUUGUGCCACUGCACUCCAGUCUGGGCAGAGGUGGAGGAGACACUGAAGCGACUGCAGAGCCAGAAAGGAGUGCAGGGAAUUAUCGUGGUGAACACAGAAGGCAUUCCCAUCAAGAGUACCAUGGACAAUCCCACCACCACACAGUACGCCAACCUCAUGCACAGCUUCAUCCUGAAGGCACGGAGUACCGUGCGUGAAAUUGACCCCCAGAAUGACCUCACCUUCCUUCGAAUUCGCUCGAAGAAGAAUGAAAUCAUGGUUGCACCAGAUAAAGACUAUUUCCUGAUUGUGAUUCAGAAUCCAACUGAAUAGGCACUCGCCUGGCUACCUGUGUCAUUCCUUAAUUUAAUCCCCCCAAGAGUAAUUAAUCAUGUCAGCACACUGGCAUGUGGAAAUCGCCUUAGAGCCCAGUCAGACCAAUCCAGUGACCACAGGUGGGCUGGCAGCCCUGCUUGCUCCACCAGAGGACUCCUGCUGCACCAAUCUUCCCCAGAGUCGGGGCAGAGCGGGGAGGGUGCCUCUCUCCUCACUUCUGGGUUUUGGAGCAAGAGCUUGUGAACAGCCCACACCCAGCUUCCUUCUGACUUUCAGUUUGCUUUGUUGCCCUUGGAAAAGGCUGUUUUUCUUUAACUAAAAAUAACUGAAAUGCUUA